CAUGUGCCCUACUCUAUACCUGUGAUCUCGUCGAUGCGGACUGGGACUAUCACGAAGGAGGGCGCGUCGCUCCAGCUAACGUAGACGUGUACUAGAGAAGGCUGGAACGAAUAUGUUGUGAAUCAAACUCUUCGCCUAAUGGAAUUCGCUGAGGAGCUGCAGAACGCGCCACAUCAUCUGAGUACCACUUUCUUGGCUGAGUUAAACAAGAAAACGAAAGACGGCCAAUGUUCACUAGGACCUGGGUUGCAAAUCCGAAAUCUAAAGGAAAAUUUCCAGUCAACACUCGACCUUUCAUUCAUCAACGUCACAAAGCAUAGCCUGAAAGAUGUCAAGGCAUUGGUCAAUGCACGGCUUGGAAGGUUUCCUUGCUACGAAGGUGUAGGAUGUUUCAAUCCGAAAGAGAGAAUGAGCCUUGAGAUUGCUGGGCCCGACUCUCCCAAAGAAAUAGGGACUAAAAUAACAUUUUUCGGAAAAGACGCACGUAAAGGAGUAGACGUAAGCGACGGGACUUGGCCGAAGGUGUUGCAGAAGAGGCGCUGGAAUAUGAGAAGGCCGCUCGUCGCAAUAAUACACGGAUUUACUGAGAGUGGCCAGAAGCCAUGGGUCAUCUCUCUGAAGGACAAUCUCCUGAAAUAUGCUCGCUCUAACGUACUCAUUGUCGAUUGGAAGAACGGCGCCAGAUACCCUUACUACUUAAGGGCUGCAAGAAACACGCCUGUGCCAGGUGUUCAGCUUUCGCUGCUUAUUCAAAAGAUCAUACGCGCAUCAAAGCAUGCUGUGUCACCGAAGAGUGUUCACGUCGUGGGAUUCAGCCUGGGUGCACAAGUUGCUGGCUUCUGCGGUCGGCAUUUUCACAGUUCCGUCAAAGAGAAACUUGGGCGGAUCACAGGUUUGGAUCCCGCCGGGCCCUUGUUCGAAAACAGCAUGGCAUGCAUAUCAAAAAGUGACGCACAAUUUGUUGAUGUGAUACAUGCGAACGCAGGCGAGCUUUACCAGCUUCACUAUGGAGUGAACAAAUCCGUCGGUCACGUUGACUUUUACCCGAAUGGUGGCUCCGACCAACCAGGAUGUCCUACAGGUCUCUUGGCAAGGUUCGAUGCUUGCAGUCACGGCAGGGCCCCGCAGCUCUUCAUCGAAUCUUUGACAAAUCGGAGAUGUACGUUCAAAUCACUGAUGUGCAAAGGUGGAUGGCCGGAGUACGUGAGCGGCCGCUGUCAAAAGCGUAGGAAGGUUUACGACGGCGAAAUGGGCUAUAGCAGCAUUCUGAAGAAAGGAAGAGGAAACGAGUAUUUGAAGACCAAGGCGACGUCACCUUACUGCAUAUCGUUGAAAAAAUAAAUCUG